CUGGUCUGUAGAUGUUUUAAUGGAACGAGCUGAGAUGACAGGCGGCCGGCCUACCUGGUAUAUCUACAGCCAGUGAAAGGUUUAUGAGCAUCAAGUUAGCAGCGAGAAGGUGUGUCGUGUAAAAAGUCAGAGUCACAAACAAGACUGGAAGCUGAAUAGCUGGAAACUGGAUUGUAUAAAGUUGUUGACAUCAAGAAAUUUCCAGAUGGCUGAAAUGAUUGUUACGGGCAAAGUAGCUCUGAUUGCAGGGGCGGCUAAGGGGAUGGGCUUGGCCAUAUCGCAGAGCUUCUUAGAGAGAGGUGCACAGGUAUGUCUGGCAGACAUCAAUCUUCAGGCCUUGCAGAGUGCAGCUAAGGACUUGCGUGACACCUAUGGUUACCAGAACGUGACUUACUACGAGUGUGACGUCACCGAGAAGUAUCAGUUCCAAGCGGCUUUUCAUCACACCAAGUUUUACUUCAAGGGUCUGUUUGACAUAGUCGUUAACGCUGCUGCUGUUAUCAACGCAGAUAACUGGGAAAGGAAUGUCCAGGUCAAUUUGGGUGGUGUCAUCAACGGCACGGAGAUCGCCUUUGACUUCAUGAACGAGCAGGGUGGAGGAGUCAUUGUCAACAUUGGGUCAAUCGCUGGUGUACGACCGUGGGACUAUCACAUGGUACCAGUGUACGCAGCAGCCAAGGCAGCCGUGGUUGCCUACACCCAAAGCUUCGCCAAGUCUCGAGGUGCCCUGGAGAAAGGCAUCCGUAUGACGUGUGUGUGUCCAGCCCCUACUGGUGCCGAGAUCAUGGCCGAUGAAAGCGAAAUGCUGGCUAAACUUGAUGUGGUUGAUGCCAUUUUAACAAAGGAAAGGGCCAAGCCAGAAGAAGUUGCCAAGGUGACGAUGAGAUUGGUUGAAGACGACGAGAGUAACGGUAUAGUUGCAGUAAUGGAUGCUCCCAAGAAAGUCGACUACAGACAUUAUGACAGAAUGUUGUUCUCUAGUGCUUCUGAUGGAACAGGAGCGUAGGGAUCAGUUCUCGGGACGUGUGGCAUAUUCAUCCCAGAGGACAUGCACUAGGGACAGCAUCCAAUGUAGAAACAACGCUACACUUAUGUUUCUGUGCUUUUCUCCGUUAUUUGGGAUGUAGGAGAGCUUGUGUAAACCAUAGAUGGUCAGUCGACUGCUUCGGCUUCUUAGACAAGGUGAACAGUAGGCCUUACCUAUAGAAGAAUAUCUUUUGGUGUCGUUUAUACGGCACCCACAUACAGCUCUUAACGUGUCCAAAGACUUGGCAUUCUCAUAUGAAUCUGCCUUAUAUAGAGAGGCGAACAUAUCUGAACGUCCGUACUUCCUUGCCUACGUGUAAAUAUAGGCCUGUUCAUGCAUAGAAGCGUAAAUGUACGCCAUCGUAGAGCCCACUCUGUUUACUGUUAUACACAUCCAGUUUGAAAUGUACCUGUCGUCGCAUUUCCACACAAGCAGCACCUUUCUUUGUUAUCGAAUGAUAUUACAUACUGUGCUUGCGCGGGAACUUUGACUGAUGGUGCAGACGAUACGAGAGGAUUGCAUUGUGGGAAGGACACAAAAACCAAUCAGAGUCCAAGAUCUUCCAGCUCACGGUCUGGAUGUGUGAUAAAACUGUGAUUGAAUUUUGAUGAAAUAAUGAUUACAUAUAUGUCAUCUUGCUUUAUGUAUUUAUAGUCAUUUCAAAUGUUUUCUAAAGUAUUCCUUGAUGCCAUUUGCACCAAACUGGAAAUAUACUCGAUGACACUGCAGCUGUCAUGUGUAUACAUUGAUGAUGUACAUAUAUUAUAAAUUAUGAUUUAAUUAGUGAUACACGAGCCGCGAGAGCCAUAACCCAAGGCUAAAGGGAAGAUCACAGCCAUUGGCUAAAAAACCACAACCGGUUUGUCCACCCCAAACAUGUCUAUGACAUACAAUCUUGUUAUUUAGCUUAAACCGCCAGGUUGACCUUAGUACAAGGUACAUGGCCAACGCCACAUGUACAGGCUCAGACUUCAUCAAACAGUCAUGCUGCUUAGCAGUUUUUGACAGUGUUAUUCAAAGAUUUUAUCUUGAAAGUGAAGAGUCUUCAUAAAUUGUUCUGAACCACGUUUGGGUUAAAGUUUUCUACUUGCAUAUCAAAGGUAUAUAAAUUGCAGUUUCCGGACAAUAUUAAAUCCUGUGUUUUCACAGAUAAGCAGAUAAGCAUGUAAAACUCUAAAUUAAACUUUAGAACUGCACGUGC